CGCGAGGAGGUCAGGUGAUACAACCAGCUGACUCCCAUAGAGGAAGACCCUGUGGCUGAGACUCUUGCAGCCACGGUUGCCCGGCCGGGGAUUCGAGCCUUACUAUCAUCGUCAGAAUGUCGGGCAAAGACCGAAUUGAAAUCUUUCCCUCGCGCAUGGCACAGACCAUCAUGAAGGCUCGAUUAAAAGGAGCACAGACAGGUCGAAACCUCCUGAAGAAAAAAUCUGAUGCCUUAACUCUUCGAUUUCGACAGAUCCUAAAGAAGAUAAUAGAGACUAAAAUGUUGAUGGGUGAAGUGAUGAGAGAAGCUGCCUUCUCACUUGCUGAGGCCAAGUUCACAGCAGGGGACUUCAGUACCACAGUUAUCCAGAAUGUUAAUAAAGCCCAAGUGAAGAUCCGAGCUAAGAAAGAUAACGUAGCAGGUGUUACUUUGCCAGUAUUUGAACAUUACCACGAAGGAACUGAUAGUUAUGAGCUGACUGGUUUAGCCAGAGGUGGGGAACAGUUGGCUAAAUUAAAGAGGAAUUAUGCCAAAGCAGUGGAAUUACUGGUGGAACUAGCUUCGCUACAGACUUCCUUUGUUACUUUGGAUGAAGCCAUUAAGAUCACCAACAGGCGGGUAAAUGCCAUUGAACAUGUCAUCAUUCCCCGGAUUGAACGUACCCUUGCUUAUAUCAUCACAGAGCUGGAUGAGAGAGAGCGAGAAGAGUUCUAUAGGUUAAAGAAAAUACAGGAGAAGAAAAAGAUUCUCAAGGAAAAAUCGGAGAAAGACUUGGAGCAACGGAGGGCAGCUGGUGAGGUGAUGGAGCCUGCUAAUCUUUUGGCUGAAGAGAAGGAUGAGGAUCUUCUGUUUGAAUAAUCUUUCUUGCUCUGGUUCUUUCAUAAGCCCUAACAUGGCACCAUCUUAAAUCACGAUGUGUAGGUUUGGUAUGUGUGGCUAUUUAUUUUUUGGCCUAAGAAUUCACUGGUGGUUAAAUUUUCCUGGAUGCUGGUUUUGGGGCUACCUUUGCAAAAUCCUAAUCAGCAACCAUUUAUCACUUGAGAUUUGUAGACCCUGCCCAGGAACCUGUAGAAUUUAUUUGGCAGAAGCAGUACCCUGUUCCAUGUACAUCUGUUCAAGUGAUCUGCUUACCAAGCGUAUUAGGAAAUUUCCCUUAGGAAAUAGUGGCCUCGGGCCAGCUGUUGCUGUAGCAGCCCGCUUCCUUCCUGCUCCGACACUGUGGCACUGUUGUCUGAGAGUGCUGCCGCCGCCCUGUGUAACCCUGGUACUUCCUCUCAAGCUUUAUGAAACCUUCACUAUUUUUCCUUGCAUGACAGGUCUCUGUCCUGUCUGUCAUGGGAGUUCUGCCAAUUUUAAUGUGAUUAUGGUAUAAACAGUAAAAUGAUAUAAAAAUGAA